ACGGCCGGCUACAAGAAAACUGACAUCAGUUUGUUUUCAUCACACGAACGAAUCGCAUUUGUGUUGUUAUUGUUUCUGUCUUCUUGUCAAACACAUCCACACCGAAUCGAACGAUGUUUAGAGUUUUAUAGAUUGAAGUCAUAAUAAUAUUGUUGUUGUUUUGUCAUUAGUAUUUUUAUUGCCUGGACGAAAUAAUAUAAAUAUUUGAAUGGCUCAAACAAAAUAUACAAAAACAACAGCAAAACACCGGAACAUGGACACGACACCAAAUGGCCCACUCGAAGAUAUCAAGAAAUUGGGUCAAAUACUGAUGAAGCACGCUUCAGAAAAAGAAUAUUACCGAUUUUUACGCAUUCAAGAGCAGUGUCGCUUGAAAUGGCAAGCAACUAUGGACAAAUUUACGCAGAUUUUGAAAGAGCAUGAAAAAUGUGCAAUGGAAAAAGACGAAUUAGUUGCAGAUUUAAAGCAUAUUGAUCAUUUAUGGCAAAUGGAAAAAAAAUUUCGGUGCUCGAUGGAGCAUGAACGUAAUUUUUAUAAAAUGAAAGUAAUACGAACCUACGAAUAUUUGCGUUAUGAUAGAGGCAUGGAAGUAGAAAACCGAGAUAAAACGCAAGACACAUGGAACGAUCUCAACGAUAAGAAUAAAGACGAGAUUACUUCGACUGGAUCGUUUUUAUCUGAUUUAUCGGAAAUAUCGCAAACCGAAGACGACUACAUUGAAAAUGCAGAGGCGAUGCUUACAAGUCGGCAACUGGCAAAAGAGUUUGAAAAUCUAGAACAUUUUGCCACAUCAACGGCUCUAACCAACAAGAGCUUGUGUGAGAAAACGUUUCAAAUCAACGGUCAAGACGAUGAAUGUGAACAAUGUUUGGACAGUAGCAGAAGCUCCAUCGAUGAUGAUAGUGAGUGUAAUCGAAGAGUACAAACCCCACCGAAACAUGCGGAGAAGCAUCUCCAUACCACCGAAGAAGUUAAUCGAGCAAAACUACAGAUCCCCAAAGAGUAUAGAGCACUAAGAGAGAUAUCCUCGAAUGAAGCGAAUGCAGAUCCCAUUUACGAGCAAACUCAUUGGUUUGGAAAUGGCUCGCUUGCUCCUGGUAACAAAGAAAAUUGGCAUAAAACUGAAAAUGCUGCAACAAAAACUUCAAAUCGUCCGUCCUAUGAAGAGAAUUCGAAAUAUAAGCUACAGAACUGUAAUCACACCUUUAUUCAUCAAUUUGCUUCACGAUCAGUCGAUUGCUUUCACUGCUCGAAAAAAUUCAAUUUUGGAAUAUUGGCUUUCAAGUGUACGUCAUGCGGAGUUUUUGUUCAUCACAACUGUAAAUCGCUUUUGAAGUCCAGAACAAAAGCACAGCGACACAUGAAAAGUAACACGAAGGAGUAUUUCAUAUCCGAUUAUGUUACCAGCUAUGGUCCAAGUGUACCACCCCUAAUUGUUCACUGUGUGAAUGAAGUGGAGACUCGUGGUCUAUCGGAACGUGGCAUUUACCGGGUCUCCGGCUCUGAGAAGGAAAUAAAAGCACUUAAAGAACGAUUCUUGCAAAAUGAGGAUGCCCCGGACCUAUCAAACAUUGAUAUGCAUGUUGUUUGUGGUUGCAUCAAGAUUUUCUUACGAAGUUUGCGCGAGCCGCUCAUUCCAACACGUCUCUGGAGUGUAUUCUCGAAUGCAGUCAUCAAUUUUGAUGGCGAUUCCACUGAUGGUAACAUCCAGAGCCACCUUCAAUACGAAAUAGGUCGUUUGCCGAAAGCCAAUCGCGACACAUUGGCUUUUCUGGUUUUACAUUUACAAAGAGUCGCAACAUGUGAUGCAGUCCAGAUGCCAAUUUCGAAUUUGGCCACAGUUUUUGGGCCAACUAUUGUUGGUUACUCAAAUCAGAAGCCGCAUUAUGCGACUAUUCUUGGAGAAACCGUUGUCCAACAAAAUGUCAUGCAACACUUUUUGAAUAUUCCCACAGACUAUUGGUUCAGUUUCAUCAGUGAAGAUCUAGAUAUGUAGCAAUUCCAAAAUGUGUUCGUUCUCCUUGUCUUGUCCACAUAUUCGUCAUUGCUGACCGUACUCAUUUUAAACCGCAUGCCAUUAUUUUAGUAAAUGAAACAUUUGGAAGAGUAGAAUCACAAAUUCACAGACUUGGAGCUUAAUUUAUGUUCUUCAAACAAUAAUAAUAAAGAAUGACGGUGAAAAUGGAAAAAA